GACAGGAGUGUAAUCAUUGAUCAAGCUCACUAUGUUGAUUUCCUUGUAUCCAUUCUUCGUAGUAAGUGCACACUCACUGCCUCUUGAGCUCCGCUUUCUUGGCGCUGUCUAAAGCCAGUUGAAAGCACAACACUGCCACCUACUGUGUGGGAGGUAAAUACAGAUUCUUCAAAGAAGGUAAACAAACAAGAUUACAACGAAGUUAUAAUAAAGGUAACCCUAAUUUAAAAGAACUCUACUAUGUUUAAUAUCUUGCUGUUUGAGAUUUUCUUUCCAGACUGAUUGUAUCAUUUAUAAAGAGCAACGAAUCCGGAAGUGUGGCGUUUCCUGGCAACGGAGACGCAAAAGAAACGAUGAAAAAGGUCUCGUACUGCUAAAUGGUGAUGCCAGAAAUUAUUGCAAAUUGAACGAUACAUUUUUAUAACUUUGAGGACAUAUUGCUUCACAAUAGCUCUCUGCCACUCAGGACUAGGAUAUAAAAGAAACAGAGAUGGAAGGUGGUGGGUGUGAUGGAGGUCUGCCGGAGGAUCAGAUAAACAGACAGAAAGAGGCUCCUGAUGAAUUUACUGAGCCUCAGGAGCGGGAAUCGAUGGAGCGGUCAGACCAUUAUGACAGAGGCUCUGAUCCUGCUGGGACCAGUGGACUUGCAGCUGGGACCAGUGGACAGCACUCCCUCCAGCUGGAGAUCAGUGACACUGAGGCAGAAGAGAGAGCCAGAGAGGAAGAUGUGGAAGAGGAAGAACUUGUAGUGCUGGAUCCUGAGCAUCCUUUAAUGAAAAGAUUCCAGUCUGCAUUGAAAAACAACCUCAGUAAUCAGCUGGAGAGAUUGAACACUGAGCUCCGUGAGAAGAUAGUAGUGGAGAAGGGAGAGGCUCAGAAACGUCACAAACUUGCUGAAGAAGUAUACAUGGUGCAUGAGAUGUUGGCAAGACUCCAGGCCUCUCUGGAGACAAGUCAUGAGACCAAUGCACAGGCUGCUUCUCAGCGAAGACAGGCCCAAGACCAGUUGGAUGGGGUAAAAAAUCAGUACCAAGAUAAUGCCAGUCAGGCCAACAAACAACGUAUGCAAGUCUCGGAUUUACAGUCUAAAGUGGACAGCCUGGCCCUGAAGUUGCUCUAUAUGCAGGAGGCCAAUACUGACCUGCACUCAGACAUCAAAGCCAUAAUAAAUGCUUCACACAAAGCCCAGAAAGAGAGAAGUCAGGCAGAGGAGCAUAAACACCAGCAGGAUCUUUAUGUUGAGCGUUUGACCAAGCAUGUGGAAAAGCUCUCAGAGCAGAUCUCUCUGUAUGAUGUUCAGAACAUCACUCAGACUGAGCAGACAAAAGCUGCAAAGGAAGCUCUUUCUGAGGCGCAGCUAGAAUUGGACUCUGUGAUUGUUGAGCACAGGCAGUUACUCCAGCAAUGGAACAGCAGCCUGUUAAUGAUGAGGAGGAGGGAUGAGGCUUACACUGCCAUGCAGGAGGAACUGAGGUUGGCCAAUGAUCAGGUGCGCUCUCUGGACACAGAGAUUGAGGGCUAUAAAAAGUCCAUCACACAGGAAGAAGAGCAGAAUGAGUGUCUCACUCUCCGUCUGAACCGGGCCCAAAAUGACUGCACCACCUCACGUAAACUUAUCACACAUUCCCAGAACCAUCAGGAGGUCUUGCAGGCCCAGUACAGCACAUAUACACGAAUGUUGCAGGAGACAGAAAAGAUCCUCAGCACACUGCGUGAGGACCACGGGGGUCUUCAGUCUGAGAUCAAGGGUCUUAGAAAGCAGAUGGAGAAAGAGUCUGAAGUGCGUGUGGAUCUGGAAGACCAGAUCAUGAACAAGAUGCAAGAGCAACUUACUCACAAAAAUGCAGCAAAGUACUCACGUCGACUGACCGAUAAAACCGCAGCGCACAGGAGAGAAAAGGAGGCUCAGUUAACUAAGUUAGAGAAUGACAACAAUGCAGUAAUUCUGGAGGGGCAAGAGGUGGCGACACAUCUGGAUUCUCUGGCUGCAUUUCAAGCUGAACUUGAGCAAGAAAUGAGCCAGCGUCAUUUGCUCCUGUCUUCUCGCGAGGCAGAGAUUGCUAAACAAGUCACUGAUAUUGAGCGAAGACAGACCACAAUCAGCAUCUACAACAAGAAGAUCAAGGAUAUUGUGUCCAGUACUGGGCAUGAAGACCUAGGUCCUCUGGAGAUCCGUGCAGCCACUCUGUCUAAGAAACUGGAAGAAGUUGGUGCUGAGAUUAAAGAGCAGCAGCAGUUGUGGCUCUGGCAGCAGGGGGAGCUAGUGAGAUUCACCCAGGAAAAACAGGCCCACAGCUCUUCUGUACAGAGCCUACAAACACAACUCACAAUACUGCAACAGAGCAAGAUCAGGAGAGAGAGUGAGAUGGAGCAGGAUCAGCGUGAGCAGGCAGAUCUGGAAAAACAGAUUAAAGCUCUCAUGGCAGACAUGGUCAAACUAAACUCCCUAAUCAGUAAGAACAGUGAUCUGAAUCAAGCCCUGCAGCAGAGCAACAGUCUGAUGGAGACAGAGUUUAGACAGCGACUCAAGGAGGCUGAAAGGGAUUCGGUUGAGACUCAGUUGAAGUUGGAGGGGUUAAAUGAAGAGAAAGAGAGACUUAUAAACAGCCUAGUGGAGGCAGAGCGUCAGAUCAUGCUGUGGGAGAAGAGAACUCAGCUGAUGCGAGAGACUCGCUCUGCUGUAGAUUCAGACACUGGACAGGGAGACAUAAGAACCAUGAGAGCAGAGAUUCACCGCAUGGAGGUUCGUUAUGCUCAACUGAUGAAGCAGCAGGAGAAGUUGUUGAGAGACAUGGAGUCAGUGGUGGCCAGACGCGAGACAAUAGCUAUUCGGAGUGAGGCUCAGGCACGUUCUGACCACAAGCAGCUCACACACAGUGACUAUCACAACACUCUCCAGAGCCUCCGCAGAAAGAUUCUUCAAGCAAAAAAGCAAGCAGAAGAAUGUGAUGGUGUUAUAGCUCAGCUUGAGGAAAAGCAGGGUUCUGUGACCACCAGCCUCCGAGACAAACGUCUGCAUCUCAAUGAACUGCAGAACAGCAGAGCGGUUCUCACCCAGGACCUCAGCGCACUACAAGAAACCAAAGAGAGAAACUUGUCUCGUCUGCCCGUGCUGCAGGGUCGGGCGAAACUCUUGCAGGCUGUUAAGGAUGGACAGUACACUCCAGUGGCCAGUGGAGACACGGCAUUGGAGCUGGCAACACAGAAACAGGAAGAGCGUUUGAAAAUGAUCAGCUCCAUUCUCCAGCAUUUGGCUGAAGAGUAUUCUCAGCAUCACAGCACCCUCCACAGGAUCAACCUCACAAUGGCAGAACACCUACACAGCAAACUUCAGGACAGCCAGUGAUCACAGAAAUAUGUAAUGCAUAAAAUAAAAUGCAUGUAUGUACAUACAUGUUUGACAGUUGUUGGCCUGGUCAGUAUGAGGUCUGGUUUAUUAUGACAAAUGUAGAGUCAAUGUCAGAGAAACAGAAACUGAAUGUCUGUUAUUGUAAGCACCCUUUUAUGAAACUUUUAUGUCUUUAGCUAUAGCAAAAAAAUAUUUUAAAGUAACUUUACUGUAACAGUGAACACAGUUGCAACUAUAUUCUCUAUAAAGGAAUUGUGAUGGAGUGUCUUAAAUUAUCUUUCUAAACGUUUUCUUUUAAUAAAUCAAAUUCAUAGUAUACAUAGAAAUAUAGUAAGCUUUGGUUUUUUCACAAGGUAUCUGGAAGAUUUGUUUAAUUUUUCUGUGUCAGUGAUGUGUGUAGCUAAUUAACUAUACUUUAAAUACAAAUUUGUCCCUAGAAAUGAGCUAAAUCUGACAAAAACUCUCCUUAGGGACAUUUAAAGAUAUACUUUACUACAUUAGUUACUUUACUUAAUAACAUUAAUAAGUUAUUAAUGUGAAUAUAAGUAAUUUUAUUAAAACAACAUACAUGAAGUGGCAAUGUGAAAUUCCAUUUAUGUGAACAAUUGUGUACAUGUGUAUAAUAACACUUGUACAGUCAAGUUUUCAGAUGCAUAAUAGCAGCAAAAGUUUCAUUUACAGCUUUAAUAAAACACGAGUCUUGUUUCCCUUCAUUCAGGCGUGCGCUAUGACUGUCUAAUAUAUUCAUAUAGGGUUUGUUACAUGUGUUUUGAUUUAGAGAUGGCAGAUAACGUACAAUAUACAUUGAUUAAUUAUGUUAGUUCAGUUUAAAACCGAUCAUAUUGUACAUUAAGUGGCUCUUAAAAUAUACUUGUUAAAAUGUUUGGCAAAUGUUUAAUUUACUAGACUUUCCAU